AGUCAAGUUGCAGUCACCAAGUACAACGCUCGUUCGUUCGGGCCAGACACAGGGUUCCCUGUGAUUAUGUCCAGCUCCGCCAUUCUGUUACUGAUACCAUUUUUUCUCUGGAUAUCAGGCAUUCAUGUCUUAGCGGCUGGUCAGAUUCCUCUCGCGUCGGCGGCUGCGUCCUUCUCGUUAACCACCAGUACCAUGAUGCCCUUUCCUUCUGCUACUCAAAGCGCAUCCGACGCAUCUUCAUUCAUUGCAUCUCAGUGGUCAUUAAGCAAGGGUCAUCUCCAGAACGGUGACAGCAAUGUUGCCUUCGUGAGCGAUCCGUUCCCAAACUCUCCAGCUCCUGGUGCGACCGUUUCAAAUUCUUCCGGGCCAGUCUUACAAGUGACGUAUGCUGCUGGCACCUACGGAAGUGGUGAUUCUGGCGCACAGUGGUACUCGCUGUGGAAUACAACCGACGGGUCUCAAUUUCAGAGCAUGAUGCUCUCCUACGAACUUGCUUUUGAUUCCAAUUUCAACUGGGUCCAAGGUGGAAAGCUCCCCGGGCUUAGAGGCGGUCCCGAUGUCAAUGAUUGCUCUGGCGGGGCAGAACCGAAUGGCACUAAUUGUUUCAGCACCAGGCUCAUGUGGCGAAAAAAUGCGGAAGGAGAAGUUUAUGCAUACAUGCUGACUCCUAACAACAUUUGUUCGGAUAGCAACAUGAUCUGCAACUCUGAUUACGGAGUUAGCAUCGAUCGAGGCUCAUUUGGCUUCGAGACCGGACAUUGGUGCCGCGUCACAAUCCUCGUGCAACUGAACAAUCCCCCUGAUGUUGCGAACGGCAACAUUGUUUUGUACUUUAAUGACGUACAAGCGUUUUCACAACAAAACUUGUACUUCAGGACAGUGAACAAUGUCACUAUCGGGGGAUUGUACUUCUCGACGUUCUUUGGAGGUGACGACUCCAGCUGGGCGACACCAGAAACUGUACAUACCUAUUACCGCAAUAUACAGAUGUGGGGCAGCUCCUCUCCAUCCUCACUUUCUGGACAGACAGUCAAUGCUGCGCUAUCCUCACGCUGCAGGUUUGGAAGCAUGAGAUGGACGCUGUCUACAUCAGUUCUUCUCACUCUUUUCAUUUAUCUAUAGACCUUGAUGAGACGUGGACACUUGCUGCAUGGAUAUUUAUGCAUUACCUCGGUUGUAUCAUAACAAUUUCACUGUGUUUUCUACAUGCACUUGGAGCACUCAGCUGGCUGGCUAAUGACACAUCGUAAUUGGAU